AUGAUACGGAAAGACGCAUUUCCAGGUACUUCGAUGUCUUUCGGUAGUGUGAGCAAUUACGUUACCUUUGACAUGACAAAAUAUGAGCAAAGAACGACUGUUGCUCUCCGAUUCCGGAACACGCCCAUUGAAGUUAUGCUUUUAGCUUGCAAAUCGCUUGUGAUUGGGGACAUAGGGCCAAAUGUAUUGUCCAUUGAAAAGGCUUCAAUUUUAAUUCAGUUCUCCCUUCCAAUUUACUUGCCAUUGUUCCACUAUGGGUGCGUUAAAUAUAUUCCGUUUGUUGGGAGACUUGGUGCAUGUGAUCUCCAUAUUCCUACUUGCAUCCAAGAUCAUGUCAUCUCGAUCAUGUAA